UACAUUCACUUUGCUUAAAUUUGCAAAAAUUGGUGGACGUGGCUGGACGUGUGUGUUUUUCGUGAAAAAAAGAACAGUGCGAGCCAGUGGUGAAUCGUGUUCACAUUUUUAUCCCCCCAUCAUCCACCAAAGAACCGUAUUUAAGGGUAGCAAAAACAAAAGGGGGUUAAUCACAAUCGUGGGCACUAAGGUACGGGUGGCCGUAGUAGGUCUGGGAAAUUGCUGUUCCUCACCCAAUUUCACGGGCCACACGGGUGGUUGUGGCUAUGUGUGUCUCCGCCUGCGGAUGGAAUAUUCGAUUAGAUUCGAUGCAUCCGUGCUCCGUCCGGCCAGUCGCCAGUGCGUAAAUCGUCUCCGUGUUGGUGAAGUUUUGUGCCCGAUUAUAGUGUUGUACGCCGUGUGUUUCCGUAAUCAAUAAAAUUGGUACAUCAACCUUGUGUGCGCGCGUGUGUGUUUGUGUAUCGUCCGUGCGUGUACGACUGGGUUUUGCCUGUAUCGCUCUGUAUGUGUGUGUAUGUGUGUGUUUGUGAUUUGGCAACAAAAACAAAGCCUACUCCCGUGAGCUGUGAAGACUAGCAAGAAAACGUCCUUCGCGCAGAGUGGCUGUCGCCGUCGUUGUCGUCGCGUGGUCACAUCACCGGAGCAGUCAGUGUCAUUCGGUUGGUUCCGUUUGAAGUGGCCUCCAACGCAGUCGUCGUCAUCAUCAUCAGCUUGUGUCGGUACCUCUGCAACGGGCAUCAGCAGACGCGCAGUGCAAUCUAAUCCGCAGCGAAUAGGGGAGUUUCAUCGAAAGAAAUGUCCGAAAUACCAAUGCCUGGAACGGCUAAACCUGCCGGAGGCACGACUCCGACCCUGGUCAGUGCUGGAGCUGUAGCACCGGGUAGUGUGGUUGCUGCAGCAGCGGUCAGUGUCGUAGCAGGCAGUGUUGCAGCGAACAACAGCACCAGCAGCAGCAGCAGCAACAACACCAACAACACCACCACCAGCAGCAGCAACAACACCGUUGGCAAUCCGAACGGGUCCAGCACGGUGGCGGCAGCCUCGCAGGCGGAACCCGACAUGAAGGGUUGGCUGCUGAAGUGGACCAACUACCUGAAGGGGUACCAGAAACGGUGGUUCGUGCUGUCGAAAGGAGUGUUGUCCUAUUACAGGGCUGAACAUGGAGCCGGACCGUAUGCUGGGGGCAGGAGUGCCGCGGGCAAAUUAUCUAUAAGACGCCGCAGGAAGGGCCCCCGACCCGAGAGCAAAGGAACCAUGAUGCAAUGCUUAAGAGCCCCACGUUCUCCAACUAGAUUGGUACCCUCCUCCCUGCCAGACUCGUAUAGCAAUAGCAGCAAUAAUGCGCUGAUGAAGAAGCAUAGCAAAAAGCUGAAAAAAAAUCAGGCCGAAAUGGCGCACACAUGUCGCGGCACGAUAUCGCUGCACGGUGCGCUCAUCCACACGGUCGACUCCUGCACCUUCGUCAUCUCGAACGGCGGCACGCAGACAUUCCACAUCAAGGCCGCGAACGAGGUCGAACGGCAGUCCUGGGUGACGGCGCUGGAGCUGGCCAAAGCGAAAGCAAUCCGUGCAAUGGAAAGCGAUGAGGAGGAGGAGGAUAACACGGCCAACACGAUACCGAGCGAGGAGCUGAACCUGGUCGUGCGGGAGCUGACGGUUAGGUUAGAAAAUUUGAAAACCUGCUACGACCUGAUCACCAAGCAUGGGGCCGCCCUGCAGCGGGCCCUCUCCGAGCUGGAAACGGGCGACGAUCUGGCGAACAAGACGAAAAUUGUCAGUGAGCGUGCGACACUGUUCAGAAUAUCGUCCAACGCGAUGAUCAAUGCCUGUUCCGAUUACUUACAAACAGCACAGACACAGGGCCACAAAUGGUCCAAGAUGUUGCAGCACGAACGUGACCAAAAGCUACACCUCGAGGAGAUGGUCGAACAGUUAGCGCGACAACAUUCACACCUGGAACAGGCGGCCACACGUCACAGACCCAACGCAACCACAUCCGCCUCGGAUGACGAAGAUAACGAGUUCUACGAUGCGCAAGAGGAAGGUGGUUCCGUGACACUGCAGGAAGAUAGCUCAUUUAUACUGAAUAUACCGGUCACGACGCAUCACAACCACCGGCGAAACUCGAACGACGCCACCGGAAGCUCAUCGGAAGGGGAAGAAGGAAAUAGUGAAACGCAGCAAGUAUUAGUAGUCGCCGAGAAUCUAGACAAUAUGGAUGUGACGGACCGGAUAUCUGUAAAUAGUAGCCAAGCGCUAACACCAACAUUACUGUCGAAUCAAUCCAAAGUGGUUCGCAAACGGCGGACACGUGUGACCGAUAAGCCCAACUAUCCGCUCAAUCUGUGGUCGAUCAUCAAGAACUGUAUCGGUAAGGAUCUGUCCAAGAUUCCUAUGCCGGUCAACUUCAACGAACCCCUAUCGAUGCUGCAAAGAUUGACGGAAGAUUUCGAAUAUUCGGAAAUUCUGGACAAGGCGGCACAGGCGAAGGAUACCUGCGAGCAGCUUGCGUACGUGACAGCAUUUACCGUGUCCAGCUACUCCACCACUAGCAAUCGUACGGGCAAACCGUUCAAUCCGCUGCUGGGCGAAACCUACGAAUGUGAUCGCACCGAAGACCUCGGUUGGAGGUGUAUUAAUGAGCAGGUAUCCCACCAUCCACCGAUGGCCGCUCAGUACUGCGAAGGGCGGGGCUGGCGCUGCUGGCAAGAGUUUACGAUGACAUCGAAGUUCCGCGGCAAGUACAUCCAGAUCGUGCCGCUCGGCUACACGCACGUCGAGUUUCCGGCCACCGGCAACAAGUACACCUGGCGCAAGGUGACGACGACGGUGCACAACAUCAUCGUCGGCAAGCUGUGGGUCGACAACCAUGGCGAUAUGGAAAUCUUUGGCGAGGGAAGCGCCAAGGGAGUCAAGUGCCACCUGAAGUAUCUUCCGUACUCAUACUUUACGCGCGAUACCCAGCGCCGGGUGAAGGGCGUCGUGAUGGACAGCGGCAACCAGGUGAAGUGGGUAAUCAACGGUACGUGGGACAGCAAGAUCGAGAUAGCGCCCGUCACCUCGACCAGCGGCUCGAUGGAGAAUCCCGUGUACAAGACGGGCAACUACAAGACGGCCUGGACGCGCCGCAUGCCCCCGCCGGACAGUGACAAGUACUACAACUUCACCCUACUCGCCUGCCAACUGAACGAGCCGGAACCGAACGUGGCGCCGACGGAUUCGCGACUCCGGCCCGACCAGCGGCUCAUGGAGGAUGGCAAAUGGAACGAAAGCAAUCAGGAGAAGUUACGGUUAGAGGAAUGUCAGCGUGCACGCCGCCGGCAGCGCGAAGCGGAAGCGGAAACGGCCGCCGCCGAAGGACGACCCUAUCCACCGUACGAACCGAUCUGGUUCGGCAAGGAAAAGGAAGAGGGCACCGAUAAUCUGGUGCACGUGUACAAGGGCACCUACUGGGAUGCGAAAGCCAAACAGGACUGGUCGAAGUGUCCAACCAUUUUCUAAAAUCGCCACAGUUCGGAUUGAAACAAAAGUUGGUGGUAAACAGAAAAGAAAACGCCGUCAAACGCUUUCUCCCGUCAUGGGCGUUCUCGUUCCCAUCCGGGCUGUGGAACUCCGGGCAGGGAAAAGCCGGAAAAUUCCCGUUGCCGUUGGUGUUCCGCGGCAGGGAAGAGGAAAUUGUAUGUUUCCCCUCCCGAUGUUACUCCAAGCAAACUCUGCAUAUGCUUUUCCUAAUGACCUAACGUCGGUGAUAGUGAGAACGGAACGGGGGGAUGCGUGCGAAAGAAAUGCGCAGGUAACUAUUGUAUCUUCUAAACAGCAAAGUAAAACCCACUAAAUACAGGAUUCUUAGCGAUGUUGUUCGAAUAACUGGAUGUAUUGCCAUCCUUUCCUAUCGAGAGAGAGAGAGAGAGAGUGAGAGAGAGAAAGCGAGUGAGGGAGAUAGAGCAGAGUGCACACGACUCUCUCCAGCAGCAUUUUGUAUACCACAACAGUGCGUGAGAUGAUGGCAGGAGAGCAUUAGGAGCAGUUUAAACACGGGUGAACCGGAUGGUGAAGGGUGAAUUACGAAAUUAACGUUGAAACUCAAGCGACUGUGGAGGGUAAGUCCGGGUAUUGUGUAAAAGGGAAGGUGUGCUCCAGCACGUUGAAUUGUGAGCUUCGUGAAGUGAGGGAAGUGUUGUUAAGUGUGCGCGGCGGGGUGGGUAGUAACUAUAACAGAUUCUCAUAAGUAAACCAACCAAAAUAGUCCUGUACAGAAACGAUAACCAAUUGCGUAACUAUCCACCAACAACUAAUGAUAUCAGCCCUGAAGGAAAAUAACGAAACCGAAUGUGAAGAGCUGUUACUACUUGUUUCUUGAAUAUAUAGGUGGACACUUAGCGUGUUGUUCCAUUACUGUUGUCUGUUCAGUUUUAA